AGCCCUGCAAAGUCGCUUUGUUUUCAUGCGCUCGGUUUGAGCGGCCCAAGUCGAUUUGAGGCAUAAACAUUCAAUCGCUGUCCCGUUGAACUGAAUAACUCUAAGAUAUUACUACCAAAACUCACAUGUGACGAUUUAAACCCCUUUUUAAUUCAUAGUAUUUGAGUACUAUAAUCUUUGAAAAUUGAAAGAAUUUCGAACGGAUUUAAAACAGACUGGUUGGGAAACUUCUACGACGUGGUUGUUAGAAAUGAAAAAAGUAUCAAUAACAAACGUUUUUCAUCCUAAAUCUUGGAUUCGAUCAGCGACUUUCUUAAUUCUAACAACAUUUUUCACGGCCGCAAAGGCGCAAGAUGGUAAUGUAUCAGUAAUUAGAGAUUGGCCUGGGCCAAACCCAGAGGCGAAUGCAGGAACAUCAAUAGAUUUUACGUGGAGAUACACACUAACCAAACAAGACAAAGAACACUUAGAUAAAAUAAAUUUUGGAUUAUGCUUCAAGGAAAAGUUAAAGGAAUCUUUGAUAACAGUCACAAAAUUGGUCGAAAAUAAUUCAACAAAGUUUCAAUUCAAUGUGACAGAAAAGUACGAAAAAAGACUUCGAUGGGUUGGUGCCGAGGGGAAAAUAUCCUUCAAGCUUUCAAAUCUCACGAAGGAAGAUACUAACAGCUAUAUAAUGGUUAUGUCAUUCGGGUCAACGAGAGAGCCAAUCAGCGACCACGUGGAAUUUGUUGUUAACUAUGCACCUAGAAUCCUGAACAAACCCCCAGAAAUGAGACAAGUUCGUCUCCCAGAAGGAGAAUCUGUCCAUAUCUCCUGCACAAUCACUAGCUGCCCGCUUGCUGUAGUCACGUGGUCUAAAGAAGGUCGCGUGAUCCAAAGCCAGUCAAAGGAACACGAUUUGACCAUUCAGAAAGGUCGUGUGAUAGACUCUGGGGUGUACACAUGCGAAGCGAAGAAUAAACUAGGAGAAGACAAGAUGCAGGUAUUGGUCAUCGUCACGUCAUGCAAGGAGCUAAAGAGUGACGCAUCUAAAAAUACAGAUCCUGAUCAGUCACUUCACGAUGCCAACGAUCCCAGUACUCUAUUUACGAUGAUCGCGCCUGCAGUUGUGUUCUUCGUAAUAUUUUUGGCGUACUUUGCCUUUAAAUGUCCUGCGUAUCGCAACAGAAAAAAGCGCAACCGAGCUUUGCUUAACUCCAAAGCCACAUCAACAUCGCUAACCAACACCGAUGAACAAGCGACAAGUUUACUCGCUGACUGGUCGAACUUCAGCGACCGAGGAGAGAAAGUAUAACGACAAUGUGACCUCUUAAGAAGCACACUUUAAAGCAUUUGCGGACCAAACUGCUUCGAAAUAAUCUCUUGGGGGAAAAUUCUUAAAACAAGAUUCGUUUUGAAGUAUUUUCGGACCAAAUUGCUUCGAAAGAGUCUCUUGAAUGGAAAAAUUCUUAAAACCAGAUUCGUUUUAACGCAUUCGCGGACCAAACUGCUUACAAAGAGUUUCUCGAGGGAAACAAUUCUUAAAACAAGAUUUGUUCUAAAGCAUUUGCGGACAAAACUGCCUCGAAAGAAUCUCUUGAGGGGAAAAUUCUUACAACAAGCCAUUCGUUUUUUAAAGCAUUUGCGGAUAACCUGCUUUGAAAGAUUCUCUUGGGGGCAAAAAUUCUACAACAUUAAUUUGCUAGAAGACUUUUAUUUUUCAGUUAAAGCAGUACUCUGUGAGAAUUAUUGUUCGAAGAUGCUCUUGAAAAGAAGAAAGAGACGAACAGUUAAAAAAAUGGCUCUUCAAGCCGAAUAACUAGCCAAACAAACCCGUCUCUACCGAAAUAGCGGGUGUCAAGCCCUCCACAUAAGCGCACCUCUAUUUCUUAUUAUUCUAGUAUUUAUAAUAGCUCACCUUUGCAAAAAAAAUCUAAAUAACCAUUCUCCAUUUUGACGCGAAUGUGAAAUGUAUAUAGUGUAGUUAGAUAAAAAAUUUCUUGUAUUUCGCAAUCAAUAUAGUUCGUACUUUUAUACAAAAAUAUUCAAAUUAUAUUCCUAUUUCUGAUUGGCUGAAAUGCUUGCUCUAAAUAGAUAAUCGCGCGUUCAAUUAGAACUGACCAUAUUUGGUCAUGCUCGGUCAAGAAACGCUAUAUAUAUAUGAUAUAUUAUGAUAUUCAUUGGUCUGGAUAAUAUUAAUGAAAAAUGAACAUUAAUUUUAUCCUCAAUAAUUGAUAAUAUCUAGAAAUCUGAUUUCGAGAAAACGGCAUUGAGCCUACAAACUCAAGCAAUGACGUCACUGGGCAUAAACAUCAGGUUGCCAUGGCUACUCUCACGUUACUAUUUUUAAAAAAACUAGAUGAAUCUUCUUCUUUGUAUAAGUUAUCCAAAUACAUGUAUUCGAUAGUUGAA